AUGUCACGGUAUGACCCCACGAGACGGCCGCCAACAUCGCAACAACACUCACAGCCACAGGUGCGCACGGCACACACUCAAGGACUGUCACGAGAUGCCUGUUUGUGCUCCCGUCGACUCGGUGCAAUUUCGUGUAUGUGUCCGUGUGCAGCCCUUCUCGCGACCAGCGGCAGCACCGCCUCCACCCCACUACUCGCAGCAACAACACCCGCAAGCACCCUUACCGGCCCACCCUCUCCCUCGGUCAUCCGUGCCGUCCUACGGAGCUGCAGCGGGCGAAAGGCACACACCCGUGAUGCCGCACUCGUAUGGGUUGUCCGGCGCGGGCUGGGACAACAGCCGCUUGUCGUCGCCUGCUGGUGUUGGCGGCGCCCAGGAGUGGCGGGGUGGGAGCAGCGCGCCAUCCUCAUCAUCGAGCUACACUCACCAUCGGCCCCCGCCCCCUCCACCCCCUCCCCGUGGGCACCCACCUCGGCUGGCGCAGCCUCACCCACCGGCAAGCGAUGAGGAUACGAGCGUGUCGGACAGCAACAGGGGGAGGCAGCCGGGCGGCGGCGUCCCUGCUUCGGUGGCAGCAUCGGCUGUGGCGAGCUCGCUCCAGGGCAUACCAGAGGAGGUCUCGAUCCCGAGCGCGCUGCUGCUGGGUACCGAUGUGGCCGUGAUUGCAGCAGGUCCUGUGUGGUGUGAAUGCUGCUUGCUUAUGCGUGUGAAUGCAGAUUUGUCUGCGCGUUUUCCUGACCUGAAGCGGCACAUCCCCAUCUUUGCGUCGGACACGGGCCGGUUGGAGAGGAGGCGGCUGCCGCUGACCAAGCAGGAACAGCAAAUGUACUAUAAGACACAGGUGGGUGGGUAUGUGGGUGAGCGAGAGACCAGAUGGCACAGUAGAUCAGAUCGAUCCACCAACCACAUUCCUUCGAUGGCUUUGCUGUGUUGUGUGCAGAUGUGCCCCCUGUAUCCCCAAGGUCUCUGUACCUACGGCAGCAGCUGCACAUAUGCCCACUCUGAAGCUGAAAAGAGGGAGGUAGCAAAACAUCAGUCAGGCAACACGCAUCGAAUAUUUGCUGGUUUUCUUCCUUGGUUUGCCUGCAGCGGCCCAUCUUGGCCAAGACCAAACUGUGCUACUUCUGGCUGGCGGGCCGGUGCACACGCAAGAACUGCCAGUAAGGAAGGAAGGACACUCUCCCUGUGCGAGCCUCUUACGUCGUUGUCGUGUGCGCGUGUGUGUGACAUGCGUCAGUUUCGCCCACGGCAGGGAAGAGCUUCGAUCCUUCCAGACCACCCAGCAGCGGAUGCCAGGACCAGGCGCAGCCCCAGGGCCGCCCCGCCCCUCCACUGCAGCAUAUCAGGAGCCCCCAUCGGUCCCAUCGGCUGCUCCGGACCAUCCAUCUGCGCCAUCGCCGCCGCCGUAAACAGCCAGCGACGGACCCCCCCUUGUUACGUUUAUGUGAAUUGUGUCUUUAGGUACACGGAUUCCCCGAAUCUGCUCCCUGUCCCGAGUGUGCCGCGGCGAGAUGGGCGGGACAGGCGGAUCCCACUCCCCCCCGUAGACGUGUCUGAAGCCGAUGGUGAUGGUGGUCGCCCCCACGGCUACUGGCGCCAGCGGCCCCGUCAGAGCCAGCAGGACGAGGCGGCUGAGGGCAUCCGGAUGGCGAGGGAGGAGAGGCGGGCAGUCGCCAUACAUGGGGGCUGGACACGGGCUGAGGACGCGCCGCCGAUCUACCGCAGAUAUCACGGGACACACCCCUUCGCGGCGACCGAGGUAUGUGUUCGCGAGAUCAGAUCGCGGGAACAAACAAGGACCCCUGGCAUGUGCCCUGCUUUUGUGAUUCAGGAGGCGCCUCGUAUUGGCCCAAGCGAGUCGAGUCGAAGGGUCGAGGUCGCGGUCGGCGUGCAACUCAAACAGGCACCGUCCGACCCAGCUGACGCUCCCGCCCGGCCACUCAUCGGGCCCGUGGCAGCAUCUGCCCCCCCACCUCUGGAGUCACACACGCCGCUGCUCGAGCUGCGUGAAGGCGACGUGGUAGACCUGCUCGCGAGGACGGCCACUGGCUGGGGCUAUGGGCGUGUCUCAUACCAGCCCAUCGACACGCCGAGCGAGAAGGCGAGGUCCUUGUGCGGGUGGUUCCCUCUCUGCGUGGCGUCGCGGCCCCCAAUGUCGCCCCCCCUUCGCGCCAGCCGCCACACGCACCGCCAGCCCCCGGCCUUCAGCAACUCCGGCAACCACCAGCAGCACCAGCAGCACCAGCAGCACCACCAGCAGCAGCAGCAUGCCGAGCACCUCUCCCCCAUGAGCACUGCACCUCCAGGUGCGGCAGCGCGCGGGAGCGGGAGUGAGGCAAGCCAUGGCCCCAGGCAGCAGGAGGGGUCGCGGGAGCCGCCGACCUGGGAGGAGGGGUCCUAGAGGGAGAUCGACAGAGCAACGAAUGCAUACAUGUACAGGUGCAAGGGAGCGGGACUAUUUGUAUGUACCACACGGGGGGGAAGGGGGGAGGGGAGAGGGGAGGGGGGGCGUUUGUGUGGGCAGGGUGAGGGGCAGAAUCGUCAGUCAUAUCAUCUUACGUAAGUACUUGGACCGAUCGGUGUUUUUCUACACUGCCAGCUGCCUUCGUAUGGGGCAGGGAGUUAGGGGGAGGGGAGGGGAGGGAGGAGAAGGCAAUGUAAUGCUCAUUUUGCGAUGGAUGGAUGGAUGGCAGUAUGAAUGUGUCUGAUAUUAAUAAUCGGUCAGCCGGGAGGGCAAGGCAAUAGCCUGGAUAUGGCGCUCCUCCAUCCAUCCGUCCAUGGGCGAGGGGUUCCUUUCCUUUGCGUGGCGUGCAUAUUGGAUGGAGAAGGGCUCUUCGUGCCUCCGCGGGUGAGGAGAGGACUGACUGGGUGGGUGCGUGCUAUUGUGCGUCCAUACCGACUGACGCCUGAGUGCUUGGUUCCUUGCUUGCUUCCUUGCUUGCUUGCUCUCUUACAUACGUUUGUGUGCGUGUGUCCCCCAUCCCUGUCUGCCUACCUACCUACCUCUGGUACUGUAGUCCUCUUUUUCCUCCCUCAAUGUCUGUCUAUCUGUCUGUGUCAAUGAGAUGAUGUUCACAAGCGAGCCAAAUAUGCCGGCUGGCCGCCACUAGGGCAGGGCAGGGCGGGGCAGGCCGGCGCGGGGUUGGGCCUUCUUGCACAGUCAGCCAUCAAUGGCAGACACAUACCACAUUCUCACUCACUUAUUUCUCACCUGCUUACGAACGUACCAUGCACACACACAUACACACCCGGCCACCGACUAGAGACAAAAGCCUUCCAUCAACCCACCUACCUGUCUGUGUGUGAGGCGAUGCAUGUGUCCCUGUCUGUUUGUUUGUCUCAAGUGAAGGCCAGCGAAGCAACCGCAUUUUAACCAGCCACUAGCUACCAAGAGAGCGGGAGAGGGAUGGAGGCACGGAUGGGGAGAGCUGUGUUGUGUUGUGUGUGAUUUAACGGUGGUGGUUGGCUGCUGGCUGGCUGGCUGGCUGGCUCUGUGUGUGUGAUCGAAGUGAGUGAGUGCUGCGAUGAGUGGUGUGUCGUGAUGUGGUGUGUCGUGGUGUGUCAUGUGAUGUGCGUGUUGCGGCGAAGUCUGCGUGUUGGGUGGUUGGGGGUCGGCGGGCGGGCGAGGAGGGGCUGGAUAUUGGGAUGGGAUGGGACGCCCGCCCGUAGGGGCUGGAUAUUGGGAUGGGAUGGGACGCCCGCCCGUGCGACUGCCUGUGGCAGCCGGCCAGUUCGCCGUUUUGGGGGCUAUUUGUUCUGCAUACCCAUGAAUGAGUGUGGCUGCAUACCAUACAUCUCUCUGUCUGUCGCGUACCAUGUCAUGUCUGUCUGUCUAUGUGUGUCCACGUCUGGGUGUGGGUGUGCAUGUCCGUGUUCGGGAGGAAUGCAUGAAAAGGGCGUGGCCACGUCGUCAUAAUUAUCAGGUUUGACAAUCAUGCAACAGUGCAAGAUGAUUGAUGUAUAUAAGUGAGUGAGUGCAAUCAAUGUAAUCGAGCGCGGACCGUGCUCUCAGGUUUGUCCAUCUAGUCAUUUGCCCUGAGCUGAGGUUUAUCUACAUUACUUACAUGCUCACAUACAUUACAUGCUCGUGUGUGUGUGUGUGUGUGUGCUGUUCUCGUGACAUGAAUGCCGUGUCUCUGUGGUGGUGGUGGGUGGGGUGGGGUGGCCCACCACUCACACCUGCCUGCCUGCCUGCCUGCCUGCAGGCGGCCUUUCAUACCACCAAAAGGGAGCGGGCCGCACACACAGACAGGCGUCCAUAUCACAUCAUGCCAUGCCAUACCGUACCGUACCAUACCGUACAGGCGUACAAUGAUAUCAGUGAGUCCCUCUCUCUCUCUCUCUCUUCUCUGUCAUUGCUGGCGCGGGGGGCUAUUUUUCGCAACCAACGAUGACUGACUGACUGACUGACUGAGUGAGUGAGUGAGUGAGAGUGACCACAGGGAUAUUUUUGUGUGCACACGGGCGGGGCGGGCGGGCGGGCGGCUGAUGGCUGGCCUGGCUCGUGGGCGUCUGUGUAGUCUUGCUGUUGUCCUUAUUGUCUAUCGCUAUUACGGUGAUGGAUGACCCAGGUCGGUGUUGUGUUGACUGUUGAGUUGCGUUGCGUUUGUGUGUGUAAUGCCUACUCCUUCGCUGGCUCGCUAUCUAUUGCUCACCCACAUUUUUGACCUCGAUCAGGAUCAGCUGCUGACACUGUGGUACGGUAGGUACUGCUGUUGUGGUGCAUGCGACGUCGACGGCGGACGAUAACUAAUUCACCACACAAAGUAGUGGUUCCAGCAAUUGCAAGGUG